AUGAAUGAUAACUGGGAAUUACUCCACUGUUCAAGAAAAUUUAACAUUCUUGACGUAGUAUACGGAUCAAUUCCACUGUAUUAUCCACUGAACCUGAUUGUUGAUACUCCAAUAUUUCAAAGAUUGCGACGUUUGAAACAAACCAGUGCCGUGCAUUUUGUUUAUCCUGGUUGUGAGCACUCACGAUUUACGCACAGUUUAGGGUUUGUAUACUUAAUUACUGAGAGGCAAGACUUGGGUAUAGAUUCUAGGGAUCAGCUUUGUGUUGCAAUUGCGGGACUCUUUCACGAUGUUGGUCAUGGGCCAUUCUCUCACCUCUUUGAAGAAUUUUUAAGGACCACCAAUGGCGACCGUUCCUGGACGCAUGAAAAAGAGUCGGUUUUGGUGUUUGAAGAAAUAUGUAAAAAUAAACAAUUGAAGGAGGCCUUGGACGAAUAUUUAGAAGAGAGCGAUUAUACAUUUAUAAAAGAGAUGAUUAAUCCACCUAAAUCAAAAUUUGACCAAAAUGGCCAGUGGAUUCUAAAGGGUCGCUCUUUAGAGAAGUCGUAUUUAUAUGACAUUAUAUGCAAUCAGAACGAUUCCCUGGAUGUAGAUAAAUAUGACUAUAUAUUGCGAGAUGCAAUCUUUACGUCUUUUGGCAUUCCUUUUAAUCGAUCUCUGCUGUAUGACGUUUUUUCAAAACACGUAAGGAGGAUAAUGAAUUGGGACAAAAAUGGAAAUGAAUGCUUACAACUGUGUUAUGCAUAUAAGGUCUUAAACGAGCUGCAGAAUGUCGGUGAAAGCAGAUAUCUGUUGCACAGCAAAGUUUACAAUCAUAGAACAGUAUGCGUGUGCGAAUACCUUAUAAUAAAGGCCUUUCAAGCCGCAGCUCCACAUCUCAUUUUCAAAGGUGACGACGGUCAGGAUUAUAAUUUGACAGAAGUUACCAGCAACUUGAGCGCAUUCUUAAAAUGUGAUGACUUAAUUUUUCAAAUGGUCAUUUUUUGA